UUGACCAUUGACUGACGUCGCCGCGUCGCCCGUUUCACGAGAUGUUGCAACAGUAGUGUGAACAAACGUGAACGAACCAACAAACGUCAGCCAGCAAAGCAAACUCUGCACUCUAUAGUGUGCAUGGAGUGUGACAAGUGCGAGAAUUGCUGUCUACACUCUACGAAUCAUUCCUCGCAAAUCGACCUCGUUUUCUCGGAAUCUUGCCGACGCUUCCCGCGCGCCGACCUUUAACUGGCCCUGAAGUCGAGUCGAGCCGAAUUGCUCCGAGUAUCCUCGUCGCGUGUUCUCCGAGGACACAGUGUACACGGUACUCUCGUUGAUUCUCGUGAUUUGAUCGAGUUGGUCGACAAAAAGAAUAAGAACGGAGACGACGAGGACAAGGACGAGAGGUGCGAAAUGCACCGGCGUUAAUCGACGGAAAGGUCGCGUUUUGGGUCGAUGAGACCGAACGACGGGAAAGGGUAGCAGAAUCAGGCACGUCGGUAUGCAGAACAGCGACAGCGAGAAGACGCACACCGCCACGGAGCGCGACGACGAGGCGUCGAAUAGCGACGGCGCCGCCGAGGAAGCCGUCGGAGAUCGCGACGAUGAGGCGCCGAGUCACGACGGCGCUGAGGAGACCUCCGCGGAUCACGAGAGCGACGAUCCGAAUCGUGGCGAGGGCACCGUCGCGGAACCCACCGUCGACGACGAGGACCCGAAUCGCGACACCGAACAAGUCGCUGACGUUACCGGCGCGGAUCGCGAUGAUAGGGAGCGCAAGGAUACGCGGAAGCCCGUGUCGAAGAAGGGAGACUGUGUUUGGACCAUGUAUCUCCCGUCCACCUCGGGGAAGGAGACGCUGGCCGUUUCAAACAAUAAUUACGGCUGCGAACACUACAAGCGAAAAUCCAAAUUCGUGACUCCAUGCUGCAAUAAGGUGUAUACCUGUCGGUUUUGUCACGACGAGCAAGAGGCACACACAGUGAAUAGGAAAGAAGUUACAGAAUUAAUAUGCGUUCUUUGCGAUACUCGUCAACCUGUUCAAGCUACUUGUCAGAAUUGUCAUUGUCAAUUUGGCAAAUACACAUGCUUAGAAUGCAAUCUUUUUGAUGACGAGGAUAAGAAUCAGUAUCAUUGCGACGGAUGCGGAAUAUGUAGAGUCGGUGGUCGUGACAAAUUGUUUGCGUGAUAAAAGUGUUAAAUAAAUUUUGUUUUGCAGUGCAUAGAAAAUGUAUCCCAUUCCAAUUGUCCCGUGUGUCUGGAAGACAUUCACACGAGUCGCAUACCAUGUCACAUUCCCGAUUGUGGACACCUGCUUCACCGUAUGUGUUUUGAGGAAUUAUUAAACUCGGGACAUUACGCUUGCCCGUCCUGUCAGGUGUCACUCUUAGACAUGACGGAUUUGUGGAAAUAUCUGGACGCGGAAGUGUCGCUGACACCAAUGCCGGAGGAAUAUAACGACUGUAAAACCGAUAUCUUAUGUAAAGACUGCCACGAGGAAUCUACGGUAAAGUUUCACAUCGUCGGAUUGAAGUGCUUAAACUGUGGUAGCUACAAUACCUGUAGGAUAAAAGGUUCCCCUUGUUCAGAUCCCGAUGCCCUGAAUGAAGCAGCUGGUAUUACAGAAGAGAAAGAGGGAUCGUAAAACCAAAGUUCGGAAUAUUAUCCGAAAUUAUCCAACGAUCGUGGAAGGAAUAUACUAUAGUAGUAAUGAUAGGAGAGUAUUUGUAUUUUAGAAUUUUAUCUUUAUUUCAUCUUUUUUGUAGCAAAUUGCACUUUUUUUGCCUUCGUAGUACCUUUCGAUCGAAAAUAGUAUUUUUUGUUUAACCGAAGUUAAUAUAGUAAAAAUUAAAUAUCUGUUAAAUGUGUGUGACCAUUAAUAUUAUCAAAACUAAUACAUAAUAUGCUUUCGAUGAAUGAUUUUAUGACACGCUAUAGCACAAUCACAGAGGUUCAGUAUAAUUUUGUUAUAACAUAAUUAUAUUGGCAAAAAUAUUUCUACAAAAUGGCUUGUUUAUUAAAUUACAACAUCAACUGUUGUUUCCAACAAUUGAUGAAGCGAUCAACAUGAGAAUAUUUUGCAGAUAAUCCAUUUUUGCGCACAUUAUGUUUACGAAGAUGUCGAUUUUUUAUAUUUUUAUUGUUUUUAUCUUAUAUAGACAGGAUAUUCCAGAAUUAUCGCGCAACAUUUCAGGUAUAUUUGAUAAAUUCGUAGUCGAGUUUUGUAACAAAAAUAUGUUGAUAUAUUUCAUUUUGGUGUAAUUUUUCAAUUUCCAACAAUAAAUAUUUUUGUAAUUAAAGCUAUACAUUCCUUCUUGUAACUCAAAAGUAGCUGUGAUUACUGCACAUUCCUAGGAAAAAAUUGAAUCCAAAUUGCUCCAAAAUUAUCGAUGUAAAUUCAGUGCGAUAGAUAUUUGGAUAUUCUGCACAUUUUCUACGUCUGGCCACAUUUAUUUUCAAAAUAGCAACUGCAUUAGUUAACUACUAAUUAUGCCUAAGAAAAUAAUUGUGAAAUGGCACGUGUGUGUGUAUAUGUGUGUGUGUGUGUGUAUGUGUUGAAAGAUAAAAAAAAUAAUAUGAAACAUCUUCAAAUUUUUCAUAUUAAGCAGUAUAGCACGGUGUCACCCUAUCGUGAGUAAAAUUACAUGCUCUACAUAUAACGUUGUUACACUAGUUUUUCAUAAAUCAUAUCUACAAAAUCUAUCAUUAACAGUGAAUAAUAAUUCAUAUAUACCCAGCAUCUUUGUCAUAUUAAAAUAUAUGAACUGGCCUAAUUGAUUGUACUUUAACAACACGUUACACAUAAGUCGACCAUGUAGAAACAAGAAUUAAGCCUGAUAAAUUUCCGUUCGUAAAUCGGUUGGAAGUUUCCAGCUUUCCUUACACAUUCUAUUCUGUUUAGGAAAAGAUCUCAUUUAGUCGUAAUCUAGUCGCAGAAGAUUGAGCAUAUAUUAUUGCUCAUAUUAUGAUUUUUUUCGGUAAGGGUGAAUGUUUUGUACAAA